AUGGGCAAGAAGAGCUCUGUCUUCACCAUCGACCGCAUUCUGAGCGCAGACAACCACAGGAUCCCCAGCCUGCAGGAGUCUUCGGCCCCGGGGCCCUGUGAGGAGAUGCCGGCCCCUGAAUCUGCAGUGAAUGGAGACUUGAUCAGAUCGGCCUGCUGCUUCUGUUCUCACUGCGGAGAGAUUCUGCACACGGCUGCCACUUGUCAUGUAGUUUGGGGAAAGCAGAUGUUUGCAGAGACAGCAGAAGCUCUCGGCAGGGAAAGCUUCAGUCAUGUUCAGAGGAGGGUUCGGCGUCACCGCACCAUCUUCACAGAAGAGCAGCUGGACGCUCUGGAGGAUCUGUUCAGACAGAACCAGUAUCCAGACAUCAACACCCGCGAGCAGCUGGCCCAGAGAACACACCUGCGCGAGGAGAGAGUCGAGGUGUGGUUUAAGAACCGAAGGGCAAAAUGGAGACGACAGAAGCGCCUUCCGUUCAGGCUACGAGGGCCAGACGACUGGAAAACCGUCCUUCAUAGUGAAUGA